AUGGCCAUCCAAUGGGUUUAUCAAGCUGGAACAAUGUGGGUCCCCUUUGAUCCACGCGCCAAUGCAUCGGUCGAAAACUUGUGGCGUAAAGGACAAGCAGGAAACAUUUACGUUGCAUCUCUCCACGCGUAUCUCUACGUCAAUGGUCGAGGUCUUUAUGCACAACAAUUCUCUACACGCAUCGCUAUUGCACGCACUGGAUCAUGA